UACCUUGCAGAAAGAUAAACCUGCCGUACUGGAGUUCCGAGUCGCGUAGCAGUGAUCAUCAACAACAGUUUGUGAGUUAUACCAGCGUAAGGGGGGUCGGUAUCCAAUUAAUUGCCUUCAUGUGGACGUGCAAUUUGGGGGGGGGGGAUAUUGAAUUCGAGCUUUUGCAAAAUGUGUAGGAACUGUACAGACUAUACAAGGAUGUAAUUAUUUACCGCUGCUGAAAGAGGAUCGUGUUACCAGUGGAUAUCGUGCGAAUCUGUGAUAUUCAGAGUAAAUUUCUAUGACAAACAUAUGUCAAGAUGGCACAGCCCAAAGUAGUUAGCAACGAUAAUGUCGCCUACUACCACACAUAUCGGUACAGCUCUCUGCAGCAACUUCAGCGGCGUGGAAAGAUGCAUGGAGCACGCCGUGUUAUAAUGUUCUGCCUACUGACGGCUGUUCUUCCUACAUUGCUUCUAGUCAUCCCCUUGUAUCUUCGGCAUAGUGUUUACGCCGAUGUAAUCUAUGCAGUUGCAGAAUCAGAUGUGCUUGAAAUUGUUGAUGGCAUAUCUGCAGUAUUCUGUCAGGCACAUUCUCUGAAAAUGAAUUCUUCCUUUCACGCAUUUCAACUGGCAGGCAUGCCUGACUUGAGCCCUAAUAGGAAGCACAUUCGCCUAAAGAAGAGUAUGUCACUGCCAGAUGACACUUUAGAAUACUGGGGUUUUUAUCUUCUCAAAGGUUCGACAGUGGCCCUCUCAGUGUGCUCAAGGUUCCAAGGGUCCAGAGUCAUGGUCGUUAAGGGUGAGAAGAAUCUUAAAACAUGCGGUUUGCUAGACCACAGGAACGAAGUGGCUGUUCACCCUCAUAUGGCAAGUGGUCAGGGCCAAGUACGGGUCACAUUUGAUACUGAAGCCCAAGAAGUCCAUUCAAAGCAAGUGACUCGCCCUCUCAAACGAACAGAGCAGUAUGCAAAUGAUGAUUUAGAAGGUGUGAAUUUAUCUGAUGAUGCAGAUAAUGUGGGUAAGGAACUGACAGAGAAUGACAACAUCACAGUUUUAGAGCAGUUGGCCAAACAGCACAUCAGAAAGAGAUAUUUACAGUUUCAAAAUGGAAUGGGCUCUGUGAAAAGUAAUGGUUCUAUAGACAGCCAGAACCAAACUCAGCAUGUUCGGCAUGCAAGGAGACGAUUGAAGGAUUCAAAAAUAAGCGAUAGUGGUAAAAUGGAACAGAAUAAUGGGCAAAAGAAACAUUUAGAAGAAUUUAUAAAAGAUAAAAGUGGUAAAAUGUCAAGAUUGGGCAUCACUGAGAGAAGUACCUUUAAUAGUAGUGAAGGGGGAGGAGUGCAAGGUGAAAUGCAUCAAAAAGCAAAGCGAGCUGCCCAUUUUGCCCCUACGCAUUUAUUGGAUGGUGGUGUUGAACAUGGUGGGAAUGCAGGAAACAUGAGUGAAGGGGCUGAUAUGGAGUCCUCUGUUUCUAGCUUUGAGAACAGUCUGCUUACUUGUUAUGAUGGACACAUACUGCUUGCACAAAGUUUCCUCCCAUCUCCAAUGUGUACUAAUGUUCAUGUCCUUGAAAAACAUGGUACAAUGGAAACUGUCCAUGAAGUAAUUGCAGAUGGUUACUAUUACUAUAUAUUCUACAGUGAUAAUGAUUAUGUACAAAAUGAUAUACAUGCUAUCUUUAAUAUUCACAAACCCACAUACCAAUAUGCUAAGCACAGCCGGGCAUGUUUUAAUCAGACGGAAUGUACUUUUCCUAUAGCGUUUUGGUCUGAUGAAACCGUUAUUGUGGAGGUGCCAACCCGUGAUGGUAUUGAACAUGAAGAAGAUGAUAUAACAUUUCUCAUUUCGAGUUGCUAUCCCAGGAUGUCUGUCUAUGUUAUAUUUCCUGUUUCUGUACUUUUCCUAAUAUUGGGGUGUGCAUUUAUGUGAUUGUAGCCUGGAUAGCUCAGUCAGUAUAGUGAUGGGCUACAGGCUGGAUGGCUGAAGAAUCAGGGUUUGAUUUCUCUGUUCUUCACAGCUACCAGACUGCCUCCAUGGUCCUCUCACCCACCUGUCCAACAGGCACGGAGACUAUCCCCAUGGGUAAAGCAGCCAGGGCAUAAAGCUAACCACUCACCUCCAUCUGUUUUGUGCUCACAGUAAGUUUAGUCCUGAUGUCAGCAGAUGCGUGUUAUCAAGUGUUCUGAUAGGGCAUUGGCCAAAGCAUUACCAUUAUGGAGUGCAAGAUAUUAAAAUUAUAGUUCCUGAUGUGAUUGUUUCAUCACUUGGUCCCAAGCUGUAAUUAAAGAUUAUUAGAGGAA